AUGGUGCCUCUGCCUCAAAAUUCACCUCUCGGCUCUAGAAGUCCUCCGUCGCCUCUAAACAAUCUCGAUUCGGCAAGACCUUCCUCUAAUAUAUCCUCCCGUGGCACGAAACAUCCCUAUAUGAUUCCGUCCUCUCCCGGCCGGCAAUAUCCACCAUCUCCUCGUAUUCAUUCGCCGGCAUCGUCUCAGAUCUUCGAACGCAGCGUCCAAGAGGAUAUUGGGCCCUCGCAAACCUCCCCUGCGAUACCUUCCCAUAUUAUGACCGAGAACCAUAUUCCCCCAAUUCUUGAUGCCUCCUCCGCCGCGUUAACUGAUGACCGGCUAGAUCCGGACUCAGUUGAAAUUGUGACCCAUAGCUUUCACCAACCUGCUUCUUUAGCUGUCAUUGGUAGCGGGCAGCUGGACUAUCCAUUACCAACGACCUGCCAUGAUGAUGCGAAUCCACCACGUAUCACGGACACGGAUGAUUCUAUGUCAAAUUAUGGGGCCCCGCAUGAUCCUACCGACGUUCGGCGUCUGAGCUUCGUGUCAUUUGCAGACGUUGUCCAUGGCGAACUCGCCGAAACCGCUGACCACCUUUCCGCGAGAGAUUCUAUCUAUAUGGCAGGCUUGAAUAUCCUUGGGUCAAGAAAUAGAUCCCCAUCUCCUCUACACUCUCCAAUAUCCUCUUCACACGGACGUGGUCCAUCACCUCCGACUAGUAUGACGCCUGAUUUUGAAGCCAGAGAAAUGUCGCCACAGCACAAGGGAAAGGGUCCUGGUAGCCCAACUCUCGGCUCACCUAGUGUAGCAACGGGGACGGUUAGUGCUACCGAACUCAACGUUGAAACUAUGAGACAAGCUCUACGUAGGACGGAAAGUGGAGACCUUGGAGCAUUCAAAAGCCAGCCGGCCAGCGCUGUGGGGAGUGGCAAUACUUUUUCUGAUCGCUCAAACAAGUAA